GGCAUCCGAGGCUGGGAGGAGGAGAGGGAGGCUGAGGCUGGCUCGGGUUUCACAGACGCGCUCUGACUGCAAAACCUGCCGCACCGCGUGCGCUCUCACAGAGCAGAGCGCGCGGGACUGGGAGAGAAGCCGAGGAGGAAAAGCCGUAUCCAGCAGGCCAGCAGCUGCUGAUGAACUUACAAACUAUUUAUCGUAUUAGCUGGAUGAACUUCUGAUUACGUUGAAGAAGGCAGGAGUUUGAUCACCGCAGAGUCACAAACUGAAAGAAGUACUUUUUCUGUUCUAUUUGGUGCCCUUCACCCGAGGAACACGGGAGUUUCCUGGUUGAUAAAACUAGUUAAUAGCUUAGAAUGGAAGUGGAUCAGAAGCGGAGUACUGCGGCUUCAGCAGGUGAGAAGAGGAGGCUGAGCGCGGAGCGUCAGCAUCAAACUCCUAAGCAGCCCCUGCGGAUAAACUGGAGGCUGUGGUCAGCUCUCAGCGGCUGCAUCGUGGUCUCCUUCCUCUGCUUUGGAGUUUGCGUUUUGGUUUUCCUACGGAGCUCGGACCUGCAGACCAGGAUAGUAAGCGUGGAGCAGCGGCUGCAGGACGCGCAGUUGUCCGCGUGGAUGUUGUCUCCAGAGCAGGUGGAGCCUCUCGUUCUGGCCCGACUGGACCAGAUCCUGGAGGAGAAACUUGCAGUUCGAUUGGCGAAGACCCGGGCGGUGAGGGAAGCUCCCUAUGGGUGCCUGUGUCCCCCCGGACCUCCGGGCCCUCCUGGACGAGCAGGCUUUCCGGGGGACAAAGGAAGCAUGGGAAUUCCUGGAAGAAUGGGCUUAAAAGGACAAGCAGGGGAGAAGGGAGCCCCAGGUGAGCCAGGUCUAUCGAUUAUUGGACCCAGAGGACCUCCUGGACAACCUGGCACUAGAGGGUUUCCAGGCUUUCCAGGUCCCAUUGGAUUGGAUGGCAAGCCUGGCCAGAACGGGCUGAGGGGGGACACAGGUCCGCGUGGUCCAAUAGGACUUCCAGGAGAACCAGGACCCAAAGGGGAGAAGGGUGUUUGUGGAGACUACACACACCGGACUCUCUUUGUGCAGGAUCUUCCUCUAAAAACCCUGGCUGCCUUGCGUUCCAGUCAGGCUCUUACGUUGAAGCAGGGUGAACCGGGAGUGCAGGGGCCCCCAGGACCACCAGGACCCCCUGGACCCCCAGGUACCCCAGGGCUUGAUGGUGCCAGUGGUGCUCCGGGUAAACCUGGGGAACCAGGAAAACCAGGAAAAGACCCAAGGCUAUUACAAGGACUAAAGGGAGAGCCAGGUGUUCCAGGACAAAAGGGUGAUCGAGGCGAUGUUGGCCCCCCAGGUCCCGAAGGCCCCAAGGGAGAUGAAGGAAAGAGAGGUUUCCCAGGAGAGAGGGGCGAAAAGGGAGAGCCAGGUUUCCCGGGUGCCCCCGGGCUGAAGGGCCAGGCUGGAAUCUCUGGUACCCCUGGCAUUCCUGGCAAGAGGGGCUACAGGGGGGAGAAGGGGGAGCCAGGAACUUUGCCUCAGGGUAUGAAGGGAGAGCCGGGUUCUACAGGACUGCCAGGCCCCAUGGGGCCCAAGGGUGACAGAGGUGAUAAGGGGGAUGUAGGGCCAGAAGGUCCAUCUGGACAAAGGGGUCUUCCAGGCCCAGCCGGAGAGCCAGGACGAGCUGAAAUCCAGUCCAGUGAAAAUGACAUCCGAAACAUACCACUGAUGGGUCCCCCUGGAUUGCCUGGACCACCCGGAACACCUGGUGUGCCUGGCACCAAGGGGGAAGUUGGGCUGCCAGGUCCUCCAGGAGUGGAUGGAGAAAAGGGACCUAGAGGGAAGCCCGGAGAGCCUGGUCCAAUGGGCCCCGCUGGUCCUGAAGGUCCCAGAGGAGAGAGGGGUGUCAUUGGCUUAACUGGACCUAAGGGCGACAUGGGUCCAUUUGGAGCACCUGGUUUAGAUGGCCCUACAGGUGAAAAGGGGGCUACUGGGGCCCCUGGCCCUGUUGGAUUACCUGGCACAACGGGUCCCAAGGGUGAACCGGGAGUUGGAGGAAGGUCGGAAAUGAUCUAUGGUCCUCCAGGGCCUCCAGGACCUCCAGGACCAGUUGGCCCUGCAGGAUCACAAGGAUCCUCAGGACCAAAGGGAGAGCCUGGUAUAGGAAUCAAAGGAGAAAAAGGAGCGUCGGGUCAGAAGGGGGACAAAGGAGACAGAGGCCACCUCGGGCUCCCUGGGGCUCAUGGGUUAGACGGCAGACCUGGUCCAGUGGGUCUGAUGGGACCAGCAGGUAUGCCUGGGCCAGCAGGACCAAAGGGGGAGCGAGGUGAAAGGGGAGAAUCAGGAUUACCAGGACCAGUAGGACCACAAGGCAGCCCUGGAUUACUUGGACCGAAAGGAAACCGGGGAGAGAGGGGCAAGAAAGGCGGCAGGGGGGCCAAAGGGGAUAAGGGAGACCAAGGAGCACCUGGAUUAGAUGCCCCUUGUCCGUUGGGCGACGAUGGCUUACCCGUACCAGGAUGUUGGAAUAAAUGACGAUAACUUUGGAAUGGAUUGUGUGAUUGUACAUAAAAUAUUUAUUUUUUUACUUCUCCUUUUCUGAUAUAUAUGUAAACUUUUUGCUAAAACGUUUUGUACAGAUUGUUUAUUUUAUGACAAAGUGGUUACUCAAUGGAUUUUCUUUAACAGUUAUGCAUUAUUUUGAUAGGAUUAAACUAAUAAAAUGAUUAAGUUGAUACAUAUGCAUGAUAUUUGUGCAUUAUGGAAAUGGAUAAUGCUUAUUAACUUAUUGCAUUAUGUUGUUGUUUUUUCAUAUAUAAGACCAUGCUGCACUGAGUUGUGAAGCUGGAAACUGUAUUUGUAUUUAAAAGACCUUAGCUGAUCCCCUCCUCUAUGAUAAAGUGUUAAAAAAAAUAAAAAUAGUCUCCUCAUUUCAGCUCAGUGAUACAGCCAGUGACUUAGUCAGCAAUGUGAAUGAAACAUUGUUCUAUUAUUUCUUAACAAUAUUACUAAGCUUUAUGAUAAUCAAAUUAUUUUUUAGAAUAAAUAUGAGUUAUGAUCACAGGACUGCACUAUACUGUGGAUGGUCUGUAGACUCUAGAAUAUUGGAUUUUGAAAAAGAAAACAACACUGGUUGCUUUGGUUUUAAUUUUUGUAAAUUAGUUAUGUAACAAUCUGAUGUUCUACGUGUCCAACAUUUCAAACUCAACAUAUUUUUCACACUAUAAGGUGCACCUGAAAGUUUUGAUUCUUUCAAAAAAUGACAGUGUACUUUAUAAUCAGGAGCGCCUUAGAUGUGGAUUGAUAUAUAGCGAUUAUGUGUUUAUAUCAUAUAUAUAUGGUUGGGUGUUAUUGUGAGUACGCUAGCUAACCUGUAGUGGUGUCAGACUGGGUUUUGUAUUUUAUGUGUAGCACACCACAUUGAGAGUUAGCGUAGUCACAGUAUAGUUUGUUUUAGCAGUAUUAGUCUGUUUUUUAAUAAUUGGGAGUUAUAGGUAUUGCAAAUAUGGUAAUACUUCUAAUGUGGCUAACGUAUAGUGUGACAAACAAGCUUGAGGUUCCCCAAAUUUACACUGGUCUGUCUGCGGUGUAUCCCCGAUGUGUUGGGUCCAUCUGACGACCGUCAGUUAGCUUACAUUAGCUCCGUUGCGUCUCCCCCUCCCCCAUGGCGCCCGUAGAAGGGGUUUGUCCUGCCACCCCCAUGUUGAGUAGUUUGUCCUACUCUCUUGCUAAUCUCUUCAUUUGUCAGUCAAGCCCCGUCCCCUCUCCUUCCUCUCUAAGGCCUUGUAAAAGGCCUGUUUUUUUGUCAUAAAUGAUGUUGUGUUAUUGUACUUACAAAAUUAAACUUUUGUCAUCCGUGGCAAAACUGGACAACAGUGUUAUCUGCGAUGUUAACGUGCAUUAUCGCAUGGGCAUGUCACCUUACACAUAGAAUACAAUUUUGUAAGGUUUUAUUUUGAAAGUGUUCGGAAGUGUUGGUUUUGAAGCCGGGACUUGUAUCUGUUUUUCUACCAUGAAAUUGACGUGUCAACAGACCGCAAAUAGAACUCCUGCAUAAAGCUUCCAUUGGGAUACAGAAAGGCGAAUGUCAGACGCAGACAUUAUGGCGAUGGAAACAUUCCCUUGAUUAAUGACGUUCUAUCUUUGGUCAACGGAAUGGAGACGCACUGCAAACUGUCCUGUAGAAACCAGCCCUCACUGUGAACACAGUUAAUAAAGUGGGUCAGACUUUAUCUCUGGCCUAUCUCUGACUAUGUUCUGUCGUUUAAUGCGCCUUAUUGGUUGGUGCAUCUUAUAUAUGACAGAAGUUUUAAAAAAAGGGACCAUUUAUUGAUGGUACGCCUUAUAAUCCAGUGGUCCCAAUAGUGCAGAAAAUAUGGUAUGGGAUGUUUUUUUGUUUUUUUUUCAUUGAAAAUGUUGACCAUGAAACCAUAGAAAAUGUUACUUCAAACUAUAAAAUGUAAUGAUAAAAAGGCACUGAUUUGGACAAACUUAUUGUAGUGAAUUUGCUGUGCUGGCACAGCAAGCAGAUUUUUGUAAAUUGCACCAAAAAGCAACAGUGUGUGAUUGGUUGUUUCAGGAGGGUUUGUUGGUUUAAUAAUUACUCUCGUUGCAUAUAUAAAAAAUUCGCAACAAAAAAAUUUUAUUCACACAAACUUAAAAUAAUACACAGAGAUCUUAGUUGUUGUUUUUUCAACAGAGAGGAACCAGCGGCACCAUACAUGAAAAUAAACCCACAAACAUAGACAACAUUUCAGAGAACUAGUUGCCUUGCUGUUGAAGGUCCAGCACCUUAUUGGCCACAGAAGUUUGGAGAAAGGAGUUAAUGGAAAGGAGAAAUCUGUUAACACUGGUUCCAUGGAGGAGGGCUUCAGUUAAGAUCUUCUAACCAAGUCAUUGGUAAAGUAGAGCACCCUGCAGAAGCAGAAGUGAAAUGGAUGUGAUUUCCUAUGAAGUUCUGUUCACUGUAAAUAGCUAAGUGUGUGUUCAUGUGCAGCACUUUUCUUCUUCAUAACAGACUGAUUUUAUCGUAUCGAAAUAGUUUGUAGACAGUUUAUCCUUUAAUCUAAAGCUCUGCCAACCUGCUCAGAGGAAGGUUUCCGCUCAUUUCUGCUGAGGAUCCAUUGACAAAAGAUGAAGACUUUAAAUAGAAUUGAGACUUUUUUUUAGUUACAUUUUACAACUACGAGCCUGCAGCAGCUAUGCUGUACUCAAUAAGCUCGACUUGUUAACUUUACUGAGUAACUUAGCUAUGAAACAAAAGAUUUAACUGGAGUAAAGCUUGAUCCAUGAAACUUCUGCAUUUUCCUCCACUUUGCCUGAGCAUGAUGUUGCCAAUAGAUUUUAUUGUUUGGAUCCUUGCUGCAGUUCCUGAUGUCAUACUGCUGAACAGGAUCUCACAUUAACUUACACCUCAGACAUCAACUGGCCAUUAUAUUUGCCCUUUUUGUCAUGGGAAUGUACAUGCGUAUAUGUUAAAAUGUCAGUUGUGUUAAAGGUGACUGUAAAAUUAAAAGAAAAUUUCUGAAGA